AUGUUCUCGCGCCAGGCACUGCUGCGCUCCGCGCGGACGGCAGCUCCGCAGCGUGCUCUUCUCGGCCAGACCCGCACCUUCGCCGCGCCGGCUUCGAGCGAGAAGGUGAAGCCGCCGGUCGCCCUCUUCGGCCUCGACGGCACCUACGCCACUGCUCUGACCUCGUCCCUCGAGCCCACUGCGAAGGGCAUCGCCGCCCUGGGCAACCUGCUGCAGAGAGAUGCCAAGCUCGUUACCAUCCUAGAGGCCCCGACCCUCACGGCCGCCGACAAGAGCGCCAUCGUCGCCGAGCUCCAGAAGAACACGGGUGCCGCCGGCGAGACCAUCAAGAACUUCCUCGCGACCCUCGCCGAGAACAACCGCUUGGGUCUCCUGCCCGGCGUCUGCGAGAAGUUCGCCGAGCUCAUGAGCGCCGCCCGCGGCGAGGUUGAGAUGGUGGUUACUAGCGCUCAGCCUCUGGACAACAAGACUCUCUCCCGCCUCGAGACCGCCGUCUCCAAGUCGAGCUAUGUCGGCGCCGGCAAGAAGCUGAAGGUCACGAACAAGGUCAACCCCGAUAUCAUUGGCGGGCUCGUCGUCGAGGUCGGCGACAGGACAAUCGACCUCAGCGUCUCGUCCAAGGUGGCCAAGAUGAACAAGCUCCUCACCGACACUCUGUAG